UGCAGUGGCGUGCUUGUCAGGUUUCAACAUUAGCACUGUAUGAUUUAUUUUGGGGGCAGGAUGCAAAACUAGCACAGCCUCUAACUUCCCUCGUUCUAGUGGUGACUGCAGAAGACCAAGUCCAGUCUGCUCCUGUAAGGCUGUAUCUUCAUUAUGAUGGCAAACAUCACAUCUCCCAACAUGAGCCUCACCAGCACAACCAGCAGCGGCCUUGGAACUGGCAAUAUCAUUGGUAUCACCAUACUGGUUGUGGCCUUCGUGUUUGGCUUCCCCGGCAACCUAUUUGUAGUAUGGACAAUUAUUUUCCGCAUUACUCGCCGUUCAGUCACCUGCCUGAUGGUUCUGAACCUGUCAAUAGCUGAUGCUCUGCUGCUUCUCACUGCUCCCCUUUUUUUGCGAUUUUUGGCAGCUGGCACUUGGGAGUUUGGACCAGUUGUCUGCAAGUUGAUCCAUUACCUUGGUUGUGUCAAUAUGUACGCUUCAAUUUUCCUCAUUUGUAUCAUGAGCCUGGACCGUUAUGUAGCUGUGAACUGGCCUUUAAUCUCACAACAACUCCGAACAAAGAAGUCUAUGAUGAAAAUACUGCUGGGCCUUUGGAGUUUGGCUUUUCUCUUUGCCAUACCCAUGCUAUUUUAUCGCAAGGAUCUUCAGCCAUACCUACACAAAGGCCUUACUAUUUAUAUUUGCAUGCCUUAUCACCCUUCCAGCAAUCACAAAAUCUUCCAGUAUCUGAUGGAGUCCAUUUCUGCCUUUUUCUUACCUUUCAUCCUCAUUGUAUUUUGCUAUACUAAUGUAGGCCGCAAACUACAAGACGCCAGAUUUAAGAAGAAACAGAGGACAAGCAGACUGAUUCUGAUCAUUGUUGUGGCUUUCACAGUUUUCUGGCUGCCCUACCACAUUGUCAACAUGAUGCAAGUAUCGGGAAUUUUGAACAACUCAACAAGGAUUUUGAAAGCCGCUGAGACUAUGAAGCCUAACGUGACAGCCUUUGCUUUCUUAAGCAGCAGCAUUAAUCCAAUCCUCUACGUCUUUGCUGGGAGCUCCUUUAUUCGCUCUGCUGGUGUGAACUUCAUGGCGAAAUUGUUUGUGGCCAGUAAUUCUGAUGGAUCAUCACGGGGUUUUUCACGCGCAACCAAGAUCAGCCGCAAUGACUCAGUUGAAAUGACCAAGAUACCAGAUACUAAUUCAAUCAAAGACAAGACUUGUGGAAAACCCAUGCUCUCCUAAUGUCUUCAGCAACCUCUUUCAGGCAAGUUUAUCUUUUAGGCACAUGUAGGGCAUGAACAACAGAGCUGAGAAAGAGACUGAACCUGAUGCUGCAUUAUAGAACUAGCUGUGCUACCUGCCUGAGUCAAGUUGAAACCUAAGUAAUCAACUUAUGUAGCCCUCAUUGUUAAUGUUUUCAGGACACCAUGUAAUGCAUAUUUCUCUAUUAUAUGUCAUUUAGUAUAGGAGUAGCAAAAUACCCGUGCUUCACAGCGGAGAAGUAAUGUAUUAAA